AUGGCGCAAUUUGUCCAAAAUACUGUUGCCGGUGGCAAUUUUGAGACGCCAGAUAGAUAUACUAAGCCCAAAGUUUUGAAAAUUGGUGUUUCUGGAAUUGUGUGCUCCUCGUGGGAUCAAAUAAGACAGCAAUAUGUUGCAGUGAAAAAAAUACCAGAGCCGUUCAGGACGCCAGUCACUACUCAAUAUAUUCUCAGAGAAAUCAAGUUGCUGAAGCACUUGCAACAUGAGAAUAUCGUCCGUCCACUUGACUUGUUCAUAUCUCCCACAGAAGACAUUUAUCUCGUCACGGACUUCAUGCAGACCGAUCUGCGUACGGUUAUGAACGCAAAACCCAUUAGUCAUGAAUUUGUUCAGUUCUUCUUAUACCAGAUUAUGAGAGGACUGAAAUACGUCCAUUCAGCGGGCGUGAUUCACCGCGAUCUUAAACCCGAGAACAUCCUAAUUAACGAGGAUUGUGAUCUCAAGAUAUGCAAUUUCGAGCUGACGCGAGUCCAGGAAAUGCAGAUGACGAGCUACGUUUCCACUGGAUACUACCGAGCUCCAGAAAUCAUGUUGACUUGGCAGAGGCAUGGCGAACAGAUUGAUAUCUGGAGUGCAGGGUGCAUCUUUGCCGAAAUGCUGCUAGGGAAACCUCUUUUCGCAGAAAAGGGCCAUGUGCAACAAUUUUGUGCCAUUACAGAGCUGCUUGGAACACCCGAUGAGGGAUUCCUAGCCCGAAUAGCCUCAAAAAGCACCCUGAACCUCAUUCGGUCAUUCCCUCAGCGCCAGGCUAGAGGUGUCUCAAGCGUGUUCUCGGACGUCGAUCCAAAAGCGCUCGACCUCCUCGAACGAAUGCUGGUUUUUGACCCUCACGGUCGGAUUUCUGCAUCUAGUGCUCUUACCGUUCCAUAUCUUGGUUCCUAUCAUGAUCCCACAGAUGAACCCGUGGCUAAAGACACAUUCGAUGAGACCUUUGACGGAUAUUAUUGUUCUCAUGAUUCCUGGAAGCAGAAGCUGUACGCUGAGGUAUUAGAAUAUCACAAACAAUCAGAGGCUAAGGAGUCUGUCAGAAAGUGGGCCCAGUCCGUCUCGAAAGCCCAAAACUAAUCAUUCAACACCGAUACAAAGAAGGAUAUGGUGUCGUCGCAAAAUUACUAUGGCAUGGGCGAAAGAAAGGUCUGUUUCUAUCUGUGCAUGCAUCGGGAUAUAUCCAAUUGCCCCGGAUGGUUUUGGCGUCCUGGCUAUUUAGCUCUCUUUUCUACUCAAUCGUGACCCUCGAAUGACU